CCUUCCGCGAGCUGCUCGAGGCCUGCCGCAAUGGGGACGUGACCCGGGUCCGGCGCCUGGUGGACGCCGCCAACGUCAACGCCAAAGACAUGGCCGGGCGGAAGUCGACCCCUUUGCACUUCGCCGCGGGUUUUGGAAGAAAAGAUGUAGUGGAACACUUGCUGCAGACAGGAGCCAACGUCCACGCUCGGGACGACGGUGGGCUGAUCCCUCUUCAUAAUGCCUGUUCCUUUGGUCACGCAGAGGUAGUCAGCCUCUUACUGUGUCAGGGCGCAGAUCCAAAUGCCAGAGACAACUGGAACUACACUCCUCUGCACGAAGCUGCUAUCAAAGGCAAGAUAGACGUGUGUAUCGUGCUGCUGCAGCAUGGAGCUGAUCCAAAUAUUCGGAACACGGAUGGGAAGUCGGCCCUGGAUCUGGCAGAUCCUUCUGCAAAAGCUGUACUUACAGGUGAAUACAAGAAGGACGAACUCCUGGAAGCCGCGAGGAGUGGUAAUGAAGAAAAACUAAUGGCUUUGUUGACGCCGUUAAACGUGAACUGCCAUGCGAGUGAUGGGCGAAAAUCGACUCCAUUACAUUUGGCUGCAGGCUACAACCGAGUUCGGAUAGUUCAGCUUUUGCUUCAGCAUGGGGCCGACGUCCAUGCGAAAGAUAAAGGCGGGCUCGUCCCCCUCCACAAUGCAUGUUCUUAUGGACAUUACGAAGUUACAGAAUUGCUGUUGAAGCACGGAGCCUGUGUUAACGCGAUGGAUCUCUGGCAGUUCACUCCCUUGCACGAAGCGGCUUCCAAGAAUCGCGUGGAAGUUUGUUCCCUGCUACUCAGUCACGGCGCAGAUCCGACUUUGGUCAACUGUCACGGCAAGAGUGCCGUUGACAUGGCCCCGACACCUGAGCUCAGAGAGAGACUCACAUAUGAAUUCAAAGGACAUUCGUUACUCCAGGCAGCGAGAGAAGCCGACUUAGCCAAAGUGAAGAAGGCACUCGCCUUGGAGGUCAUUAAUUUCAAGCAGCCGCAGUCCCACGAGACGGCACUGCACUGUGCCGUGGCAUCUCUUCACCCCAAGCGGAAACAAGUCACCGAGUUACUGCUUCGGAAAGGGGCCAACGUGAAUGAGAAAAACAAAGAUUUCAUGACGCCUUUGCACGUGGCGGCCGAACGAGCGCACAACGACGUGAUGGAAGUUCUGCACAAGCAUGGCGCGAAGAUGAACGCCCUGGACACCCUGGGCCAAACCGCCUUGCACCGGGCUGCCAUGGCUGGGCACCUGCAGACCUGUCGCCUCCUGCUGAGUUAUGGCUCCGACCCGUCCAUCAUCUCCCUCCAGGGCUUCACUGCGGCGCAGAUGGGCAACGAAGCCGUGCAGCAGAUACUCAACGAGAGCACGCCGGUGCACACAUCGGACGUGGAUUAUCGACUCUUGGAGGCCUCAAAAGCUGGAGACUUGGAAACUGUGAAGCAACUUUGCAGCCCCCAAAAUGUGAACUGCAGAGACCUGGAGGGCCGUCAUUCAACCCCCCUGCACUUUGCGGCGGGUUACAACCGAGUAUCGGUCGUGGAGUACUUGCUGCACCAUGGAGCAGAUGUUCACGCAAAGGAUAAAGGUGGCUUAGUUCCGCUGCAUAACGCCUGUUCGUAUGGACACUAUGAAGUGGCAGAGUUGCUGGUGAGACACGGGGCUUCGGUCAAUGUUGCAGACCUGUGGAAGUUCACGCCUCUGCAUGAAGCAGCAGCAAAGGGAAAAUACGAGAUCUGCAAGCUCCUUUUAAAACACGGAGCAGAUCCGACGAAGAAGAACCGAGACGGCAACACCCCCCUCGACUUGGUGAAAGAGGGAGACUCCGACAUUCAGGAUCUCCUGCGAGGUGACGCCGCCCUGCUGGACGCUGCCAAAAAGGGCUGCCUGGCCCGAGUUCAAAAGCUCUGCUCGCCGGAAAACAUCAACUGCCGAGACACUCAGGGGCGCAAUUCCACCCCGCUGCAUCUUGCAGCCGGCUACAACAAUUUGGAAGUUGCUGAGUACCUUCUGGAGCACGGUGCAGAUGUCAAUGCUCAAGACAAAGGAGGAUUAAUUCCGCUACACAACGCAGCAUCCUAUGGGCAUGUGGACAUAGCGGCUCUGCUGAUCAAGUACAACACCUGUGUGAACGCGACAGACAAAUGGGCGUUUACACCCCUGCACGAAGCAGCGCAAAAAGGGAGGACGCAGCUCUGCGCUCUGCUUCUGGCUCACGGGGCCGACCCGACAAUGAAAAACCAAGAAGGCCAAACACCUUUGGAUCUAGCGACAGCUGAUGACAUUCGGGCCCUGCUGAUCGACGCUAUGCCGCCAGAGGCCCUGCCAACCUGCUUCAAACCCCAAGCAACCGUGGUCAGCGCCUCGAUCAUCUCCCCGGCGUCGACUCCUUCCUGCCUGUCUGCCGCCAGCAGCAUCGAUAACCUCGCCGGCCCGCUAGGGGACCUUGCUGUGGGAGGGGCCUCCAACGCUGGGGACGGGGCAGCAGGCACAGAGAGGAAAGAAGGAGAAGGUAACGUCACUGCAGUUGUUGGUCUUGACAUGAAUAUCAGCCAGUUCCUGAAAAGCCUGGGUCUGGAACAUCUUCGGGAUAUCUUUGAAACAGAGCAGAUUACCUUGGAUGUGCUGGCUGACAUGGGACACGAAGAGCUGAAAGAGAUCGGCAUCAAUGCCUAUGGGCAUCGCCAUAAGUUAAUAAAAGGCGUAGAGAGACUUCUGGGGGGACAGCAAGGCUCCAAUCCUUAUUUGACUUUCCACUGUGCAAGCCAAGGGACUAUCCUUAUAGAUCUGGCUCCUGAUGACAAGGAAUACCAGUCCGUGGAAGAAGAGAUGCAGAGCACCAUCAGAGAGCACAGAGACGGCGGCAACGCUGGAGGUGUCUUCAACAGAUAUCACGUCAUCCGGAUUCAGAAGGUAGUGAAUAAGAAGCUCAGGGAGAGAUUUUGUCACCGGCAGAAAGAAGUGUCUGAAGAAAACCAUAACCAUCACAAUGAACGCAUGCUAUUUCACGGGUCCCCUUUUAUUAACGCCAUCAUUCACAAAGGCUUUGACGAGAGACACGCCUACAUCGGAGGGAUGUUCGGAGCUGGGAUUUACUUUGCGGAGAAUUCCUCCAAAAGCAACCAAUACGUGUAUGGGAUAGGGGGUGGCACCGGCUGCCCAACGCAUAAAGACAGAUCCUGCUACAUCUGCCACAGGCAAAUGCUUUUUUGUCGUGUGACACUGGGGAAAUCCUUCUUGCAGUUCAGCACUAUGAAAAUGGCUCACGCCCCUCCCGGGCACCACUCGGUGAUCGGCAGGCCGAGCGUCAACGGACUGGCAUACGCAGAGUACGUCAUCUACAGAGGCGAGCAGGCUUACCCCGAGUACUUGAUCAUGUACCAAAUCGUGAAGCCGGAUACCCCCUCGCAGACAGCAACGGCCGCGGAGCAGAAAACCUAGUAAAUGCUGACCCGGUGGAGCAAAUUCCAUUACUUCAGUAAUUUAUGGACUGGAUGGAUGACGCUAGUUUCGAAACAUCAACAUUGUAUAAAGUU